AAUAGAAUCACUUGACUGAACAUUUUAUUCGCUAUCAAAAGAUGGAGACUCUUGUAAAUGGUUCGAAUUAAGGGCAUUAAAAGGGAAGAAAUAAGGGGGAAAGAAAUUCGAUUCCGAAAAUUGUGAUGUUCGAACGAGCGACAUCUCGUGUUAUUGUGGAAAAUUGUCCAAUUAGAGUAACUGAUUAGUGCUUGGACUCUGAGAUGGUUUGAGUUUGCUCUCACUUACCACUAACCUUUUCCGUACCUGUUUUCACCGUUAUAUUAAUUGUUUGAAGAAAAUGUUUAUUGGUGAUUUAGUUUAAUUGUCGAAAUUGGAUUUAAAUUGUCCAACGAUUGACCGUAAUUAAUUCUGGCAUUGGAUCUGCAAGGUAUUUCCUGAUUGGAUUGUUACUUUUUUUCCUCUCUCUCGAUAUUUUUGUUUUCUUCUUGUGUUUAAAUCUCGGUGAUUGUUAAUUUCACCUCUUUCAAAUUGCGAAAUGGAUCCAAUGGAUGGUGGAGUUUCUUUUGGUGCUGGUAAAGCAGGUCAACCAUUUGAUCCACUUGGUUUUAUUAUGAGACCUCAAGUUAUUUUACGAUUUUUCUGUUGGCUCUUCUCUGUAAUUGUUUUCGGUUGUAUUAACAAUAAAGGUUGGCAUCAUGGCAAAUGUCUCUAUAAUGGAAGUGCCAAUGCUUGUCGUUUUGGACAAUUUUUAGGAAUCGUUGGUUUACUAGCAGCUAUUGUUUUACUUGUCCUCGAAGGCCUUUUUCAAAAUAUCUCUAGUAUUAAGAUUCGUCGUCGUGUUGUUGCCAUUGACCUCGGUUUCUCUGGCCUUUGGACAGUACUUUAUUUCCUUUGUUUUGCCACUUUGGGCAUAUCCUGGUCUAAAGCACCUUACCCUGAAUUUGGUUACGGGAUAAAUAAUCUUCGUGCUGCUUUAGCCUUUUCAUUUUUCUCCAUUUUCGUUUGGGCGGGUUGUGCUUAUUUUGCAUGGUUACGAUGGAAAUCGGGUACUGACAUGUCAACCUUUGCUUCAGCUUAUCCAGAUGAUCCCAGCAUGGGAGGAGGUGUUGGUGUUGGAGGUCCUGGUGGACCUGGUGCUGAUUAUUAUGCUUAUGCCAGUGGUACCGAUGUAAAUGCAACUGAUUAUCAAGAUCAGGGAAUGUACUCACAACAGGGUAUGAAUAAUCAAUAUGGUGGUGGAGGAGGUGGUAUGGUCAGUGGUGGAAACUUUCAGCCUCCUGCUUAUUAAACCUUAAUUGACGUAAUCAGUCAGCAAUUUAUAAAUCGUUAAAAGAAACAAAAGAAAGGGUAUUCAUCCUAAUGUUGAACUUUCAACUACUGCAAACUCCAAUUACACCUUACGAAAGGAGAAAUUGAAACUAAUUAAGCUUCAUAGUCAAUCAAUAUUUACCUAAACACAAAUUUACAUUCCAUUUGAUUCUCAAGAUGCCACUAAUUUCGAUCAACAUCAAUUCCUUGACUUUCAUGCUGAUUAUUCUGAGUUCAUCUUAAUUUCCAUUGUCGCCAUUUUCACCUCUCUUCAUCUCUUUCAACUAACAUUAUGUUUCAAUCAGCUGCACAUACCCGACGAUGAGGACAAUAUUUACUCUAGUAAACAGCAAAAAAAGAGGAACAAGUAUUAAUUGCGAGUAUAUUACUUGGCCAUUUUGAGUAAUUAAAAGCUCUAAUUAUUUUAAAAUCCUUACCUCUUUCCAUUGGGACAUCUAUCUGGAUCUCAUAUCGACUCCUCUUAUCUAUGGACAACUCUGAAUACUAAUUUUUUAAAGUGCUGAUCUCAAUUAGCUCUUAAAUUGUGCUCUCAUCAUUAUUUGCAAGAUUUAAUUAGUGAAUCUUUGUGUUUCCUUAGCCUAAUCAUUGACCACAUCGUUUUAAUUGGAAAAAAAACUUCGCAUCUUCAUUAGAAUUGUGGUAAAUAGAUGAGACUUGAUGGUUAAUUUUCCCUCUCUCUACAAUUCACUUUUUAAAACAAAAUUAGUUUUAGAAUACCUUCAACAAUUAGUAAAACAAAAACUCCUUUAUUACUAAUAAUCAGCCAUUUACUUAAAUCGCUUCUAUCGCCAAUUAACCUUUCCCGAUUCUACUGAUUUGAAUAGAUAUCAAAAAAUUUUCAAAAAUCAAGAUCAUCGAGAUGACAAUUUAAACAAUUCCACUACAAUUAACUACUACUAUCUCUAGUUGCCAAUGAACUUUUUUUUUGCUUUCAGUCCUAAUCUACAGUAAUCAACACAAAAUGUUGAUUGUGUUUAAAAAUUAUCUUGACAUUCUGUUAAUUGUGUAUAAACUUUUUCCACUCGGUGACUUAUCUAGUCUCAUUUAAUUCCAUAUUUCCCUGUUAAACUUGGUAUCGUCAUCUUCUUGUCAUCAUCUCAUCAUAUUCACAAAGAUAAUUAUAGUUUCAUCUUCACAAACUUCAUCAUCACCAUCAUCACACGAAUUCAUCUUCACUUAAAAAGAACUGCCCAGUUGCCCAAUUUGAGAGAUUCCCAUUCACAAAACCAGAACAUCUCCUGUUAUCAUUUCGAUGUCAAAGAUAAAAAAUCACAAAUCAAUGUGUAAAAAGAGCCUUUGCUAAAUUAAGAAUCCGAUAAAUAGUCAAUCAACAUAAAGGAUCAAUAACUGAUUGGCAAUACUAAGUCACAAUCAAGAAUUAUCAUUGAUUUUGGUUCAAUCCAUCACCCACCCUUCCAUAUACACCUUGUGUGUUUUACCCACCGCCAAGAGCACCUAUCAACUUGACAUACACACAAAGUACUAAAAAUUUAGCCCUUUAAUUGGAAUAAGGAACCAACACCGAAAGCCAUUAGAUUAACUAAAUAUAAAUACACGAAAAUUUUACCUUUAAGUCAAUUUGACCUACAAGGUGACAUCAAAACGCAACUGCAAAGCAAUUAGACAACAAAAGAAACCCCAUAAUUAAUAAUAUGAUUAAUAUAUUAAAACAAUAAUAACCUGAUAAUAAUUUGGAGCAAUAAGGAUCCUUUUAUGAAGGAAAAUCAAAACAAGACGAAAAAAUCACCAAAAAAAAAGAAGCUACUAUUUAGAUUUUAAUUGAUAUAAUCAAACCAAAAGAAGUUAAUUGUGAUUAAUCAAAACCCAAUGUUCUCACCCAAUGGAAACCUAUGGAUUACCUUUGGAAAUAUCAAUAUUUUUCAUCUGCAAUUAUUGCAAAUUUCUCUUGCUUUACACUAAUUACAUGAUUUAAGGAUAAUAAUAACUUAUGAAGAGACACCCUGAUUGUAUUUACAUCCAUUUUCUGGUACCAAUAUCAACUAAUCAGGAGAGCUAAUUGUUUAUUCAAUUGUGAAACUAAUUGUAAUUGGUGUUUGUUUGGGAUCAAGGAAUCAGCACUUGGAAAAAGAUUCAUGUUCAAAAUGAAAGUUGGAUUAAGCUCUUAGAUUAUUGUUAUUAUUUAUUUAUCGGAUUAAGAGAAAAAUGUUACAAGGAAGCGAAAGAUGAAUGCAAAUCAAUCUCAACGAUUAAAACAUUAGGAUUUGUCAACGAUUAGCUGAUCAACAAUUAAAUGCCAAAUCAGUUUACCACAAACAACAUCACCAAAAUUACACCUCAAAGAAAAGGAAUCACUUUAAUUGUAUUACUACAAUUAACUCUGUUGGAAAGGUGAAAAAAAAUACUUGUUACAAUUAAUACUUAAACUUGAGAGCAAAAAACUAAUUAGAAAUGUAAGCAAGCCGAAAUUAAUUGCAAUUAACUGAUUUAAAAAAAACAUAAUUUAAACAAAACAAAAUGUCAACCUUUAAUUGUAACAAAAACAAGAGUGUUAACUAAUUGCGUGUACUAAUUAUUAUCAAAUGUUACCAAUGUAAUUAAACAACAAUUAUUAUUAUGUAAA